AUGGACAUCCACAUGCUAAGAAAGGAAAGAGAAAACUGCAUCAAUGAAAGAGAUCGGCUCAUUUCUGAAAUGGACUCUUUCAUCGUAGGGUCGAUGGGGGAAAUAAGAGAAGCAUUGACCAUUCCCGAAACUACUGUCUGGGAAAUCUCUCAGGAGGAUCUCUUGCUAUUUGUCUCCUGGAGGAUAUCCAAGCUGAUUUCUCUAACAAGAGAUAAAAAGAUAGAAAUUCUCAGCAAGCUCGUUUGGGAAAAGGUGAACUACAAAGACUUGGAGAACAUCCUAGUCGCCGAGUAUUGCUACAAAAAAGUGUUGGCAAACGACUUUUCGGAAAGUUCUGCCUGGGAUACCGAUGUUUACAUUGACAUAGGAAAUGGGGAUGUGGACAUAAAAAGCGAUUCUGUGGAAAGAAUAACAACUGGUUCGGAUGGGGUCUUUUACAGAUCACUGAAUGGUCUAUUUUCGAAGAGGUUCCAUGUGAGGGUUAGCAAGGAGCUAAUGAGGUCUUAUGCCCUGAAUAUAAAGGUGGAGAUGGGCCUGGAGAUCUUCAAAAGCCUCUAUGAGAAGGAUGAGGAAGACCUGAAAAGGCUGUCAUCAUACAAACACUACAAGGAGAAAGGGCUUCCCACACUCGUUAUGAGCGGUGAAAUGACAAGUAAUCUGAUGGAAGACAUAAGAGCAAGAGUUUCCCAGGAAGUUACUGGAAUAAUUGCUGCAGAAAUGCCAGACAGAAAAAAGGCGCUUCUCAUCACCUACCUCCUUGUGAUGUUUGGAGGAAUCGGGUCGGAUCUUGACUUAAGCUAUUUCAAUGGGAAGAAAGAAUUAUACAUGCUGGAAUGGACAAAAUCCAAAGAAAAUAUUUUUAUCAAAAUACAACUCGAGAGCUAA